UGGCCGACGGGCCAAUGGAGGAGAAGUUUGCGGUUGCUAAGGAAACCCGUAGCGGCAAAAUGGCGGCUGCGGGCGGCGGAAGCCCGAGCUGUAGCCAGCCGCUUCAGGACCCGCCGAGGCGGCCGCCGCGGGACGGUAAAGGCUGCGGGCCGGGACCGGGUCUCCGUCCGCGAUGCGGGGGGGAGACGGGCGCGGUCCCGGCGGCCGCCGCGCGCUCUCGACCCCAAGCCCAGCCGGCGGCCCCGGGGGAGCCCCGGCGCCCCAACCCUGGGAGGGGCGGCCCCGCGGCGGACGGGCUUCCGAGCUCGCGGAGCCGAAGAACCGUGUUGGGGUAGAGCCCGAGCCGCCCUGCGGCGGGUGCCGGACCCCGGGGACUCGCACGCUGCCCGCGGCGCGUUUCUGGGGAGGCGCGCCCCGCCGUCCCCCCGGGGCGCGGGUGUGGAUUUUGUCCCGGGAGCGCGAGAGGCCGCGGGGAGCCGUGCCGCCCCCCCAGCCGGCCACCGUCGCCGCUCCGCACGCCGCGGCCCCCCCAGGGACCUGCCCCACGCGCGCGGCCCCCCACCCCCGGGGCUCGCUGGCCGGCCCGGGACCUGCCUUACGCGUGUGCCUCCCUCCGCUUGCAGGCCGCGGCGUCUACGUGUACCCGAACCCCUUCUUCCGCUACGACGGCGAGUGGAGGGGAGGAAGGACGCACGGCCAGGGCAAGCUGCUGUUUAAAGACGGGAGUUACUACGAAGGCGAGUUUGUGGACGGGGAGAUCACGGGGGAAGGCUGCCGGUUCUGGGCCUCAUCAGGGGACACCUACUCUGGACAGUUUGUCCUGGGAGAGCCUCAAGGAUACGGCCUCAUGAAGUACAAAGCUGGCGGACAUUACGAAGGGGAGCUCUCCCACGGCCUGAGAGAAGGACACGGGCACCUGGUGGACCGGGAUGGACAGGCCUACUGGGGGUCGUUCCAUAACAACAAGCGGCACGGCCAGGGGCACAUGGUCUUCCGGAACGGUGACAAGUACGAAGGUGACUGGGUCCGGGACCAGCGUCAGGGGCACGGGGUGCUAUUCCGUGCUGACGGCUCCACCUACGAGGGACAGUGGCACGGCGACGUCUUCAGCGGCCUGGGCCAGCUGACCCACUGCUCCGGGGCCGUCUACCACGGGAUGUGGAUCAGUGGCCACCCGGUGGCACAAGCCAAGAAGAUCGUGAUUCUGGGUCCGGAGGUGAUGGAUGUGGCUCAGGGCUCUUCCUUUACCGUGAGCGUUCAGCUGCAGCAGGACAGUGGGGAAGUGGCCGAGGGCGAGGACGGCCGGGUUUUGAAGAUCUCAGCCGGCGUCCGGUAUGUGCAGCUCCCGGCCUACUCAGAGGUCAGCUUCUUCAACGUGGACAAGGACGACCAAGGGACACCCAUCCAGACCCCAUUCGGGUUUGACUGCAUGGCCUAUCCUCUGUGGAGUCCCAAGUCUGGGGGCCAAGAGCCCAGAGCUGCGCUGGAAAGUACCAGAGACCCGCAGCUCCCCACCAGAGACCUGAAGCUGGCACUGGCAUCAGACACAUCUCACGGCCAGAGGGCCAUCCCUAGUGGCCCUGCGGCUCCUCAGGGCCCGGCCCCUCACCACACAUGGGGCUGGCCGGCUGCAGGCCCCACAAGGUUUUUCUGGGGAUCUGAGAUCCAGCUUCCUGCUCCUGCGAAGGCCACUGGCCCCGGGCGCUCUCCCUCACCCGCUCGCUCCUAGAGACACAACAGAUGCCCCUCGUCCUUGCCCAGGAGAAUGCAGGCCCAGCCUCAGCCCGCUGCCAACUCCAUCCCUCUUGGGAGGCCUCUGAGUUCUGGACGGUCCCCAGUGGAGGGCCCCGCACCUGGCCGCUCCCACCGCCACAGGUGGCCCUCACAUCGGGAUGCGGCCACUCCCCAGGCCCCUUCGUGGCUUCUGCCCAGGCCCAUCCUGAGAGCCCGAGGGACUGCCGCGCUCGGAGCAGCCCCUGGCCGGUCCUCCCGGGACGGGCGGUGUCCAGGGGCAGAAGGGCUGCAGCGGCCACUGGUGAGAAGGCGCCCAGCCCACCACCUGCCAGCAGAGCCACGGUGGCAGCCUCCCAGCAGUCACCUGCCACAGCAUUGGGAGGUCCGCCUCCACGUCGGGUCCCGCGUUCCUGGGCCGCUUCUAGGGACCCCCACUCCCCACCCAGACGGGCUGCGGCUUUCCAGCUGAGCAGCCAGCUCAGGACAAGAAGCAGCCGUGGUCGCCUCGGGGGCGGCCCGGCCUCCAUCUGGCCCCUUGGUACAAAUGGCCUGGCUGGAGGAGCCUUCUGGAGGCGAGGAGUGGGGGACUGUCAGGGACAGGAAGGACCCCCACAUCCGUGCCGCUCUCCCAAGGGCUUCCCACCAUCUCCCCCACUUUCACUGCCGCUUGCAGUUCCGCGGGCUCCAGGAGGGCGUCUGCAAACAGCGGCGUGGCCUGGGGGUAGCACUGGGGGAAAGGGGACGUUUUAGCCCCUUGGCGGGGCACCAGGUGCACAGCCCGGUCCGGAAGGUCCCAUGCACGGUGGCUGACGGGACAGGACGAGAGCACUGGUUCGAGGCUUUGUUUUCUGAGCGUCCAGAAAGGACUUGGGCCAACGGGAACAUGGCUUUGUGUCGAGUCCGUUUUCCAGGUUCAGUGAAGGAAGGGGAAGGCAGGCAUCAGGUUCCUCCUCAGGAACGGUGCGUGGGCCCUGCCGAGUGCAGCCCGAGGGCCACGGGGCUGGGGGUUCUGCACGCCGGCGCGCCCGCCCCACCCCAGCCAGGCCCAGCCGCGAGCUCCCCGCUGGCUUAGUUCUCACACAGGCUCCUUGGGAAACCGUGGAGUUUGAAAGCCUCCAGAUAAAUCCACGAACCCAGCCUUGCCCCGGGCCUGCAGUCGGGUGCAGCCCUAGGCGCCCACAUGGGGCCCGUCUGUGUGUGGCCGGUCCCCCCCUCAGCCUCGGGUGCAGCCUGUGCGGACGCAUGGGGCAGAGGUGGGGGUGGGGGCUCCUGGUGGGGGCUGCCCCGUGGUCACGUCCAAGACAACAUCUGGGGCCCCCCUGGACAAAUGGAAGGGUGGGGUGGGCAGGGGGCACCCAGCCCAGAGGGAGCCCUUGUCUGGUGACACAGGCCAUCCGAGAAGGGGCCUGAGGGUGUCCACCCGGCCCUGCCUGAUACUCACGCUUCCUGCUCUCCCUCUGGGUCAUGGAGACCGGGACCCACAAGUCCUCUCCAGGCCGACGGCUCUGCCUGUGGGCGUAGCCCGCUCCUCGGCUAAGGGACCUGCCCUGCCCUGAAAACUAGUGGGGUGUGUCUGGUCACCUCCACGCGAGGUGGCUCUCGGCCCCUGAGGGCCGAUGACAUUUUAUUUCUCUGAUUCAUGUAAAUGAAGCAAACAUUCCCGCCUACGCCUGGCUCUCCCGGGCCCACGGGGCCGCUCGACGGUGGAGGCCCGACCCCCGCAAGGCUUGCUUACCCCCGCCCCCUCCGCCCUUGUCUCCAUGUCCUCCAAGGCUGAUUAGGGAGUCUAAUUGAGUUGGCUGUAAAAAGGUAAUUAAUCGACGUUUCCUCCCAGAGCGGUCAAGCACCGAUCUCCCCGUGGCGCACCUCCCGUUGCGUGUCCCCCACCGC